CCGCAAGCUCAACGAAGUAGAACAGGCCAGUCAGCCCAAAGAGACGUAAGAUACGCGCGCCCGAACGCGGUGAAGACCAAGUCAAACGAAUAUUUGAAUAUAAAUUUCAAUUUCUAUAUAUGUAUAUACAUUAUGUAUGCUGAUUGUGUGUGAAAAAUUGUUGAAUUAUUUCAAAUUAUUGUAAAUUAUUGCAAAUGCAUUGAAGACACAGUGAUAUCGUGUCAGUUUCUGUUAAAUAAUUUUGUGCAUCUUGGAAAAAAAGCACCCAACCUGGUCAAAGAGGAAGAAAACAAGUGGCAAUCGUAAAGCCCCCAUUGUGAAACGAGUCGAUAAGGAUAAUCUAUUAUAGCUCCCGUCAUGGGUUUUAUAAAAUAUUUAAGUUUAUUGGCGCUUAGCCUGGUGGCAAUUCUAGCAUUUUAUGGUCAACCAGCCACUGCCUGCUCCUGCAUGCCCUCGCAUCCACAGACGCAUUUCUGCACAGCGGAUUUCGUUGUUCAGCUGCGUGUGCGACGCAAAUCGGAUAUGAUUGAGCGGGGUAAAACUCACUACAAGGUGCAAAUAAGGCGCACCUAUAAGGCCACACCCGAAGCUCUACGCAUGCUGCGCGAUGGACGCCUCACGUCUCCCAACGUGGAAAGCCUGUGCGGCAUUUCCCUGGACAUAGGCAAGGUCUACAUUAUCGCUGGACGCGUGCCCAUGCUGAAUAUUUGUAGCUACUAUAAGGAAUAUACCAAAAUGACGGUGACAGAGCGUCAUGGUUUUAGCGGUGGAUAUGGCAAGAGUUGUAAUUGCACGGUGACAGCCUGUUUUGGGAACAACUGUUUGCGGAAUCGUGAAUACGUCGAUGGCUGCAAAUGGUCGCCAUUCGGCAAUUGUGAGCGAGAUUACAGCGUCUGUACACCCAGAACCAUUCAAACUCGGCAUGGCAGCAUUUCGCGGUGCCGCUGGCAACGCACACAUGCAUACAAAAAGUGUCUAAGCAAUCCGUAAGAUGCAACAUUUAGUUGCAUUUUGUCGUGCUCUUGUUAUGCCACUGUUUUUCUGUCUUUCUAUUUCUUCCCAACAUCUUUCUCCUCUGUCCUAGAGCUUUAAUAUUAUACCUAAUUGUGUUAUUUAUUAAUUCAAUGCUUUUUUUUUAAGUGUAACCAUAUAAUGUCGUCUAGUAGCUACUUAAUUAGUAUCAUAGAUAUAAAUUUAAUCUUAUAAAAAUACAACUUUGCGUAUGAUUGUA